CGUCACGCCCUCCCCGUGCAGCUUUUACCGGUUACCAUGACGACCGCGUCACAGCUCGCCUCUAAAGGCAUUCACUUGGUCAGCUUGCUCUGUUUAGGAAAACUCCGUGAACCAGAAAGAAAGCCAACAGAGAGCAGCAGCUUUAUUUUUUCAUGAAUCCAGAUUUGUGAUGUGGGAAUAAUGCAAGGUGGACCGUUUGGGAGGAGACAUGGAGCUUCCACCGCAGGAGGACGCACUUUUAGAGUCUUACAGGACACCGGACAGGGACCACGUUGAUGCGCUUCUAGAUAUCAGCGAGGAGAUCCUCCUGAAUGAAAAGGAGCCACAUGAGUUUCAUUGUUACUCGGGUUUGGAAGAAUCAGUUUGUGGUUGGGCAAGAGUUGCUCCACUCAGCUGCAUAUUUUCGAGUCAGAGGCAAUGCAGGAAACCGAAGCAUACGGAUCCAGGGGGGACGACACUUUCCCCUGUAGACCCCACACCUUCUCAUGGCGACGGUUCAGUCAGUAUUGCAGCACAGCUCUGCGAGUCUCACGUGGGCCUGCAUGACUUUAAGAAAUCUACGUCAUUAAACCAGCAGCCGGGAGCUUGGAGUGAGGCCGCUACGGCCGCUCAGAAGUCAGAUGCAACAGAAGGGCCCGUCCUCAAUGCCCUGCAUAGAAACACAGCACAUCCCUUCUUUGAAGAAAAGUUAAAUGUGGAAGGGAGGUCUAGAGAGACUCCUUUGCAGCCUCGCCAUGCGUGUACAAAAAUUUCCGUGUUUGAGAACAAGGCCACUCAUCCUCAGAAACCCAGUCACAGGCCCAAUAACACAGCGAUUCCCAUUCAAAACUUUACAUUUCUACCACCCAUCAAAUCGCCACGCAUGAACCCCAAGGGUGGUGGCCAGCUGUGCAGAGGCAAGAAGGCUUCAGAAGGAGAAAAUUCACGUGAAUACUAUUUCAUGUUAGACAAGAAGAGUGGAGGGAGAGGAACAAGACUGGACACCGUUUCUUACUUGGACCUUCCCUCUAACCCUGCAGCUUUGACUUCCAAGUACCAGACAUGUCAACAUAACCCCCACUUGUUCUCCGCUGUAAGUGUAUCUGUCCCAAAGAGAUAUCAAGUAGCUACGUCUCCCAAGCCUGACAGCCUUCACCGCACUAGCUACUCGCUGGGCAAGAGACUGGAACAGACAAUCGGUCAAACAUAUAUGCACCCCAGCUGCCUGUUUUCUUAAGAUAAGCUUUAAGGCUGAGUACGGCCUGUGAAAUAAAUGAUACCAGGAAACAUUCAAAUGUGCAGUCAUUUUAUAUUCUCAGGUUCAAGCGCAGAGAUGCGUCUUAUUUUAUGCAACAUAUACCUCAGCGUCACUCCAUUGUACAGUUUUCAAAAAAAAAUAGUUAUGCAUACACCUCAAUUCAACAUAUGCUGUGUGUUGAUAAAAGACCAAAUCAUAAUAAGAUCGAGAUGUUAAGCUCUGCAUUAAUUAUACCGAUGUUUAUUUUGUUCUGACCAGUUCCCACAAGUGCUUUUGUAGCUGGUGUUGUUACCUAGCAAUGGUCCAACUCCCCUAGGAAGUAUGGCUCUGUCGCUCCCUCAUGCCUUUUGUUCUUUACAUUUCACCUGCAAACCACAGCUCUCUCAGAACGUUGUACUGCAAGUCUACCAAACGGAAAAAAUGCAGAUAUCAGCCAUAGAAUUUAAACAUUGAGGAGUGUGUCCUGUGGUGCUCCAGUUGAUCCCACACACUCUUAUCAGUUUGCAAGACUAGGUCAUCACCUUAGGUUAUUUGAAAUGUCUUUUGAACUGUUCCUAAGCAAUUUUGUGGUGCAGUAGGCCACAUUGUCCUGCGUGCGAAGGCUGCCGGGGCGUCAGUGUUGGGGCCUGGUCAGCAAAAACGUUCAGGUGGAUGUACGUAUCAAAAUGACAACCAGCAGAACAUCGCAUUGUAACCAGAUGAUCAAUGUUAUUUACUUCAGUCGUCAGUGGUUUUAAUGUUAUGGCUCGUCACUGAUAAAUGUGCCAUGUGACUUACCUGCAUGUAAAAUAAUCUCACUUGAAAAUGGCUUAAAGAAUUUAACAUAUGUUAAUACUGCGUGAGAGUGGUACAAUUUAAACAAUAAGAACUUUUUUUUUCAUGCAACUAUAUCAAACUGCUCAUUAAUUCAACUUUUAGCACUGGCACAAGAGAAUAAACCCAUGGACUCUUAACGUGCAUCAUUUGUGUAACUUGUUUGUGCAUUU